GUGGUAUGGUGAUGAUGUUGUACUUGUCUCGCUAAAUAACCCCGAGAUUGUGAAUGCCUAAUUAAUGACGGACAUGAUCCAAAUGUGCACCUUAUGUGACAAUGUUCGGGCCAAGACCUGCCCCAUUCGGAACAGUCCGUGGUUGGUGCCGCCGGAUGUCAAGGCAAGUGCGCGCCCGACAGCUUUCCGCAUCCGCCGCUGCUGACUUGCCCGGAUUCGAGCCAUCCGUCCCGCAUCGUGCGCAGAGCAGCUCUAGCUUGGUCAUCAUCGCUUAUACAGACAGUCUACAUCUUUGGCACCUCGUAGAUUAAUCACAAUACGUUAUAAACUGACUGCGACACCAGUUUUAGACAACUCGCUUUGCCAAACAACUUCCACACGCUCCUCGUACUCUCUCUGGCUUAUAUUCACCGUACGCUAGCAUCACCAAUUUAUCAUGGCACCUCUUGGUGUUGGCAUUAUCGGCCUGUCCGCCGAUGGAUGGUCUUGGGGAGUGACUGCUCACCUCCCUUCCCUCAAAGACUCGUCGAAAUAUAGGAUAACAGGUGUCUGCAAUACUUCGGUCGAGUCAUCACAAAAGUCCAUCGACGCCCACGGACUAUCAAAUACUGCGAAAGCAUAUGGCUCUGUAGCUGAUAUGGCAGCAAGCUCUGAUGUCGAUCUGGUUGUAUGUUGUGUCCGAGUCGAUCGACACUACGAGGCUAUGAAGCCCGCCAUCGAGGCUAGAAAGGAUUGUUUCGUCGAGUGGCCUCUUGCCUCGAACCUCGAACAAGCCACGGAGCUACUCGAGCUUGCCGAGCGCAAAGGUGUCAAGACUAUGAUUGGUCUGCAGAGCCAAAUGAGCCCUGUCAUCAGCCGUAUCAAAGAGCUACUGGAGAAGGACAAUGCAAUCGGUCGUGUUGUUAGCAGUAGUAUCAGCCAAGCUGGCAUGAUAGGCGGUCAAGAAGCCACUCAGUCCAUGGAGUACCUCAACUCUGCUGAAAUUGGCGGCAAUCUGCUGGUCAUCCCAUUCGGACACUUGUAUGAUGCUGUGAGCUACACUCUCGGCGAGCUCCAAGAUGUUUCCGCGACACUGUCUGUCCAAUUUCCAGACAUUAAGAUCAAGUCCGAUGACGGUUCGCAAGUUGUGAAAACCAUUCGACGCACCGCUGCUGAUCACAUCACCAUGUCUGGCAUUCUUGCUAACGGAGCGCAUUCAACAGCGGUAGUGUCGGGUGGUAAACCAUUCAUGGACGGACCUGCUGUUCUCUGGCGAAUUGAAGGAGACAAAGGUGUUAUCGAGAUUCGUGGUGAAGAGACCUUUGCUCUCAGUAUGUCACUGAACAUCAAAAUCAGGAUGCAGCUGUUCGAGACGGAUGAGACGAAGGAUAUCGAAUUCACCGAAGACAGGCCAGGUCCUCCUGGAAAUGUUGCAAGACUGUACGAGGCCUUCGCUGAUGGUUCGUACUACCCUGAUUGGAAGUGGGCUGUCAAGCGUCAUGCUUGGGUCGAUGCCAUCUACAAGAGCAACGACACAGGCAAGCGCGUAUCCUAUGUAUAAUAUUCCACCCAGAGCUACCACAUCAUAAGUCACUGUCGAAGAUCCCAAACAACAAGACGUCAUUGUCAAGACUUAUGCAUGUUCAGAGUGGAUACGUGAAGGUCUGCACAAGCGCACCGACCUUUCGACAUGAGGCGGGAUCCGACUUGCUAGAAAAGCAAGUCAAAAACUGGAGCACUUUCUUCGCAGUAUAUCGAGAUUCACAUGAGAAAUCCGGUAUGAUAGCGCUCAGUGCUUAUUAAUGCACAUCAUUGAUGUCUUUGGAACUCAGGAUGUCUUCCCAAUUUGUGUUGCUUUCUUCUACACAGCCAGUCGUGCAUACGACCUCCUGUUCGACACGGCAACGAAUAUCUCGAGAUGACCUCUCAUCUCUAUCCUCCAUCGGUCAAUUCGGAUAUGAGCGACUCACCAGUAUCCAUCCAGGUCCGAUAUAACCUAUAGAUUGCCGAGCUCACCGUCA